AGAUAUAUAAUAAAAAUGAAGUUUUGCAAGCCAAAUUGAAUGUUCUUAAUAAUACCAACAUGAUAGACUAUGUUAUUGAGAAUUACAAAAAGUUGAAUCCCAACAAAGAAGUACCUAUGGUAAUAAUAUAAUUUUCAUAUAAAACCAAGAAGGUUUUAUAAUAUAGUAUGAUAAUUUUCAGGAAAUGAAAACUAAGAGAGAAGAAAUUUUAUCACAAAUCCAUCAACUUCGUGGUGAAUUGAAUAUUAAUAUGGAUUUUCUUGGAGAUGAUAAAGUUAUGAAAAUAAUGGAAUCAAUGAAGAGUUCUAAAACUUUAAUAAAUUAUAUGACUGAAGUAUUUGAUGUAAGUACUAUUAGUAUAAUGUAAUUACAGUCAAAUUUCCUCUAAAAGAUGGUUACUUCUAAGUAAUGGUAAUUUUUUUUGGUUCAGUCAAGUGUUAUGCCUUUAAAAGACACCUUUAAAGGACAAUUACCUCUUAGUGUUCAUUAUUUCUGGUCCAUUUGGUGACCAUUAUAUGGAAGUUUUAUUGUAUUUUUAAAAUUGUUUAACUAGUUGUUAUUCUAUUUAUACUUACAUUUUUAUUUAAUAUUAGAUAUUUUUAAUUUUUAAAAAAUAUUGAUUUAAUAGAUAAUUCAAAUUAAUUUAGUCAAUGAAUUCUAUGUUAUAAUCUAAAUGAGUAACCUAACUAAAUAAAUCAUCAUUAUUAUUUAAAAGUUAAUAAAUAAAAUACAAAAAUAAUAAAAUAAGGAACAAAUGUAUUUUAUCAUGUCAUUCAUAAUUGUCAACAUUUUUUUUUUGAAAAGAUGUAUUUUUCAAUGCUGAUUUUGAAAAUGUUUGAAUUUUUUAUGGAAACAUUAUUUAAGAAGUUAUGACAGAAAAAAUUCAAAACUUUCAAAAACAAAAUUUGGAUAAUAUGGGUGCUUAAUGCUGAAGAUGAAGGAGCAUUCAGAAUUUUUUGGAAACUAUUUUAGAAGUUUACAGGAUUUGAAGACUAUAUAUGGGGAGAAAUAAUUGUAGCUUUGGGGGUAGGUUCAUUAUGCCCGGUGGUAUGAUUCCUUGAGUGCAACUUUCAUGACUAAAUUAUGUAAACUUUCUGAUUAUGUUAGGUAAGAGUUAGAGAUGGAUAAGGCUGGUCUAAACUUUAUUUCCAAUUGAAUGCAGUAAGGCUGAUAGUGUCCUAAAUGUAAACCAAAACCUCCCCACGCUUAACCUUAAUUCUUUAAUAAUUAUUAACAAAUAAAAUUAAACAUUUUUAGUAUCAGCAUCAAAAACAAAAUUGUUUGAAAAUUGUGAGUGACUUAGUAAAGUGCAUUUUAGUCUAAAAUAAAUAUUAAUUGCUAGAUUAGGUAGUAGGUUAAAUAAAGUUAGACUAGUAAGUCAAAUAUAUUUUUAUUUGUUUUAGUUUAAAAUAGAAAUGAUGGAUGAUAUGUACAAAUAUGCAAAGUGUCAAUAUGAUUGUGGAAAUUAUGCUGGUACUACAAGUUAUUUGUACUUUUAUUUAUUAGUUAUGCCACCUACUGAUAAAGUAAGUUUAUAAAUGUCUGAAAUAAAGUUUAAUGAAAACAUUUAAUCUAUAUUAAAUAUAUUUCAAUGUUAUUACAUAGAAUUAUUUGAAUGCUCUUUGGGGAAAAUUGGCAUCUGAAAUUCUUAUUCAAAACUGGGAUACUGCUCUCAUAGACUUAAAUAGACUGCAAGAAUUUAUUGAUAACAAUAUAAAAAAUUCUCCAAUAUAUUUGCUUCACCAACGUACAUGGUUGAUUCAUUGGAGUCUGUUCAUAUUUUUCAAUCACGAGAAUGGACAUAAUCUUAUUGUUAAUUUGUUUCUGUACAAGCCAAAGUAAUACCCAACUACAAAUUACCUAACUUUUUUUUUUUAAAAAAAGUCCUGAUUUGAUUUGUGACAUAAUAUUGUUAAUUUAUUAAUAUAUUUGUAUUAUUAGAUAUUUAAAUGCCAUUCAAACUAUAUGUCCGCACAUUCUUCGUUAUUUGGCCGCUGCUAUAAUCAUUAAUCGUUCAAAACCAGCAAUGAAAGAUCUUAUAAAAGUUAUUCAACAAGUGAGUACAUAACUAAUACUAAAAAUUGUAUUAUUUGGUUUUUAAUUAUUGAUAAAAAUGAUGAUUUAUAUUUUAUAAUGAUUACUGAUUAAAAUGAGAAUUAUUAAUUUAAAAGUUUUUUUGUAAUAUACCCAUUGUGUUUAGGAAUCAUAUGCUUACCAUGACCCAAUAACAGAAUUUCUUGAAAACUUAUUUAUUCAGUUUGAUUUUGAAGGAGCCAGAGACAAAUUAUAUGAAUGUCAAAACAUUAUUCUAAAUGACUUUUUUUUGACUACAUACAUAGGCGAUUUUGUAGAAAAUGCUCGCUUGAUGAUUUUUGAAACUUUUUGUCGUAUUCAUCAGUGUAUAAGUAUAAGGUGUGAAUAUUAAUAGAAUAAUAAACAGUGCAGUUGUGAUAAUCUUACCUAUUGUCUGUUAGAUAAGGUACUUUAUGGAUGUUUAAAAAUUAAAAAAAUCAUUUUUUUGGUUUUUUUAAUAACUAUAUUGUUGUAUUAUGUACUGCUCUUUUUAUUACAACACCAAUUAUUACUCCCAAUAUUUUAUUAUAAAAUAUUAUUUUUAUUAUAAUUUAAUAUAUAUUAUAUUGUUUUGUACCUCAUGAGAUAUAAUUUAUCUAUCUAAUGGCUAAUGAUUAGAUUCAUUUCUGUUGAUAUAUCAUGUUUCAAUUUUUAUAAUUAAAUUUGUAAUUUUAUCACUUAGUUUAAAUAAAUAUUUUUGACAAUAAAAAAAAAAAGAAAGGAAAAUUAAUAAUUAUUAUAAUAUUCAUUGUAUGAGAGACUAGGAAUAAUGUAAGAUACAAAAGAAAUUUAUUGAUUAGCUAGGGUUACAAAAAUACUGGGAUUUGUAUAAUGUAUGGUGUAUAAUAAGUGAGAAUAAAAGGGUGUUAAUAUUGAUAUUGAUGUUAAAAGAUAUGAAAGCAGUACUUUGAGAAAUGACUGAAUGAGUAUCAAUAUCCAAGUGAGAUAUAAUUAGUGUUUUAUGGUAUGAAGAUCUUGUAGAAUUAGAUUGUGGUUGGCUAUAACAGCAAUGAAAAAGAAAAUAGUGGUAGGUCCAGAUCUUACAAGUAAUAAAUGUAAGAGGAGUUAAACAUAGGUGACUCAACAAAUUUUUUGAAUAGAGUAUUAGCAGAAAAAAAAGUGCCAGAUGAGUAGAGGAAGAGUAUUAUAAUAUCCGUGUUGAAAGGGAAUGGAGAUAUACAAGAGUGUGAUAAUUAUAGAGAAAUGAUACUGAUUUGUCAUAGUAUGCAAAUUCGGGAAAAAAUAUUAUAUAUAAAAGAGAAUUAGAAUUGAAUCAUCAAUAUCUAAGAACCAGAUUGGUUUUAUGCUAGGUUUGAACAGGUGUUUUGUGUGAGAUAAAAUGUAGAAAAGCUCAGAGAGAAGAAAAAACACCUAUAAAUAGCUUUUAUAGAUUUAGAGAUGGCAUAUGACAGAGUGCAGAGAGAGAGAUUCUGAUGCAGGUUUAAAAGAAAAAAAGAGUUUUCAGGAGUUUGAUGUUUAGAGGAUAUCCAUGAAUAUUAAAAUAGGAGUUCUGUUGUAAUGGAUGAAGCUACAUAGGAAAUACUGUAGUGCUUUGCAGAUGAAAUAGUUUUUAUAAGAGAAAAUCUGAAAAAAUUAACAAAAGGCUUGAGGAAUGGAGAGUAGAACUAGGGAUCAAGUAAUAGUAUUAAGUGUGGUUGGAUCAAGUGUAGAGAAGUGUUAAAAAUUUAUGUGACAAGAGAAUUCCAAUGAGACUUAAAGGUAGGUUCUAUUGAAGAGGGAUAAAAAAUAGAACAGAUAAUGAAUGUAACAGAGAUGAUAAUGAUUAGGUGGAUGAGUGGAAUGAUGAGAGAAUAUAAGAUAAGAAAUGAGUACAUAAGAAGUUUAGUAGCAUAGAUGAGUUUGAUAGUAGACAAAAUGAGAGAAAAUAAACUGAAAUAGUAUGGACAUGUCUUGAAAAGAGAGGAAUCAGAAGUGGUCUAAAUUAUAAUUAAAAUGGACUUAGGAUGAAAGAAGAAGACUGAAAAUAUGGGGUUGGAUAUGAUUAAGAAUCAUAUGAGGAUGGUAGGUUUAUGCUAGGACAAUGUGGAAAUUAGAUUGAUGGUGGAUUUAGCUCAACCUAGGGUUAGAAUAUCCAACCCUAAUUUUUUGGAAUGGAGUUGCAGGAGAGUAAGUAGAAAUUAAAAUUAAUAGUUCAAUAUUGUAGAAAAAACAAACAAUACAAAAAUCCAUUCAAUAAUUUAUUAUUAAUUUUAAACCGCUAUUUAUUUUAUAUCAUUUUGGUAGACAAAUAAAUAUAUAAAUUUCUAACUAAAAAAUAAAAUUGCAACAUUCAUUUUUUAGUACAUUAGAUAUCAAUGUCAAAAGGGUAUAGAUUAUAACAACUGAACUUAGUGUACUGUUCAUUUAUAAUAACUACUACAUCAAUUUGCUUUAUAUUUUUUAACUAGCAUGUUGGCUAAGAACCUCAAUAUGAAUUUAGAAGAUGCUGAAUGCUGGAUUGUAAACCUUAUAAGAAAUACUAAAUUAGAUGCUAAAGUGGAUUCAGAGGUGGGUCUUGUUAUCAUGGAAACUCAAUCAUCACCAUACGAACAAAUCAUUGAUCAAAUAGAUAAGUUAUCCAUAAGAUCACAAGCUCUAACAAAUUUGGUUGAAAGGAAUUUGAUUGAUAGAGUUUAA